AUGAAAGGGUUAAUAGUGUUUAUCUUAAGUGUAUUUCUUUAUCCUCCAAUUACAGCACAAGGUGACUCGGGCGUCAAAAAUCAAGUAAUUUGCAAUAUAGUUGGACAAAAGUUAGCAACUCUGGAAUUCAAUAUAACUCAUCUGCCAGAACGUUGUGAUAUAUUUACAGUAGCUAAAUUUGCUUUGGACGAUCAAACGGGUGACGGAAUAUCUGAAUCAGAUAAAGGUACAAUAACAAGUUUAGUAAAAGCUAACAAAACUGUUUACACAAGCAUUGGGUUAUUGUAUAAUGAUAACGUAGAUAGUUGGACUGCAAUACUUGAUCCAAUGGAUGCAAGUAAUUUUCAAGAUUCCUUUUUUGAUCCUUUAAUCAAAUUUUUAAAUGCAUCAAAAGUGAAUGGUAUUCUUAUUGAUUGUCAAGACAUAUAUGAUAUUACCAUAAUAGAUUUUGCUGUAAAAUUAAGUAACUUUGUGUCUGCAGUUAAAAAUAAAACAGAUAAUUUAAUAGUUGGUUUAAUCAUAUCUGGUUCAUACUAUGAAAAUUUUCCGAAUAAUUCACUUUUUGAUUUUUCAAUAACAAAUGAAGUGUUGGAUCUUUAUGUCAUUAAUUGGUCAGCAUUAAACAUAUGUGACAACGAUACAGUAAAAUAUGGUCUCAGUCCAAUAACAUCUAAUAUUUCGGAUAUGGUAACUAUUGAGCAAGUUACUAAUGGUGUAACUAAUUCAUCUAUGGAUAAUUCAAAAAUAUAUGCUAUGAUACAAAUGCUUCCAGAAAUUCCAACAAACCCUCAUGAUGUUGCAAUAACAUAUUUAGAAUAUUGUAACAGUACCGAUCCAGCUACUUCAUCUCAAUGGUGUAAUAACCCUACAAAACUUUCAUAUGAUCAAGGAGCUUACGCAAAACAAUACUAUGUUGGAAUUGUCCUUGAACAGCUUGAUACAGAUGAUUACUUGGGCUGUUGCGAAUGUGGGAAAUUUCUGGUAUCAAACCAAAUUAUUGAUGGAUGGACGGCAAGACCUUUUAAAACGUGUCCUAAACUAGAUCAUAAUUAACAGAUUUAAAUUUAAAUAUACAUUUAUAACAUUAUAAUGUUUUAUUCUGUACUGUAAUAAAAGG